AUGAUGAAAACAACAAGUCUUACAAAAACACUUUUCAAUCAUCAAACUCAUUCACAAUCAAUUAAUUUAUUUACACCAUCAACAAGUUCAUCGUCAGGAUCAACAUGUGAAACAGGUCCAUCAUCAUUAAAUUCUUCUUAUAAAAGUAAUAUUGAUACAAAUGGUAUUAAUAAUAAUGAUGAUACAAAUUCUAUUCCACAAGAUAAAUCAACUGUAGUACUGAUAAAUUUAGUUGAUAAACUUAAACGUGAAUUAACAACAGUAAAACAAGCAAAAAGUCAAUUAGAAACACUUUAUAAAGUCAAAUGUAAAUCUGACCUUGAUAAAUCAGCUAAAAUUACGAAACUUCGUCUACAAUAUGAACAUGAAUUGAAUCUAUUUUGUAAACAAGAUCAAAAAGAUCUUGUAUGUUAUUUACAACGACAAUUGAUGGUACGUGAUCAACGUAUUUCUGAACAAUCGCAUGAUAUAGAACAAAUGAAAAAUUUGUCAAUAAAUAAUAGUGUUGAUAGUAGUAAUGCAAAUACAUAUAAAAAAAUUGCUCCAAUACAAGUUUUAAGAAGCAGUGAUCCUGAUGUUGUUAUUUCAGCCUUCGAUAAUACUGAAUUCAAAAAUUACUUUCAAAUAAUGGCUGGUGAUGAAACAAAACAGAGUAGUGGAAAAUCAGCUGACAAAGAAAACAAAGCCAGUAAAAAUGAUACGAAUAGUGGUGAUAAAGGUAGUUCAAAAAAUGAUGCACAAAGUGGUGGUGGUAAUAAAUCUGGUGGUGGAAAGGCAGAUAAUUCAGGUAGUGGUGAUAAAGGCAGCUCAAAAAAUGAUGCACAAGGUGGAAAUGACAAUAAACCUGGUACUGUAAAAGGAGAUGCACCAGGUGGUAGUAAUAAAAGUGGUCAGAAAGAUAGCGCUUCAGGUGGUGGUAAAAACGAUGAUAAAGGUGGUUCAAAAGCUGAAGCAUCUGGUGGUAGUGGUGGUGAUGCAAAAUCAGGUGGCGGUAAAGGUGGUGAUAAGGGUGGUUCGAAAGCUGAAGCAUCUGGUGGUGGUGGUGGUGAUGCAAAAUCAGGUGGCGGUAAAGGUGGUGAUAAAGGUGGUUCGAAAGCUGAAGCAUCUGGUGGUGGUGGUGGCGGUGAUGCAAAAUCAGGUGGCGGUAAAGGUGGUGAUAAAGGUGGUUCGAAAGCUGAAGCCUCUGGUGGUGGUGGUGGCAGUGAUGCAAAAUCAGGUGGCGGUAAAGGUGGUGAUAAAGGUGGUUCAAAAGCUGAAGCAUCUGGUGGUGGUGAAUGGGAAGGUGGUGAUCCAGAAAAAGGUGCAAAAAUUUUCAAAACAAAAUGUGCUCAAUGUCAUACUGCCGAAAAAGGCGGUGGUAAUAAACAAGGACCUAAUCUUCAUAGUUUAUUCGGUCGACAAACUGGUCAAGUUCAAGGUUUUAAUUAUAGUGAAGCUAAUAAAAGUAAAAAUAUAACAUGGGGUGGUGAUACACUAUGGACUUAUUUGAAAGAUCCAAAGAAAUAUAUUCCAGGAACAAAAAUGAUUUUUGCUGGACUUAAAAAAGAUGAUGAACGAAAAGAUUUAAUUGCAUAUUUAAAACAACAAUCGAGUGAUUAA